GGACAAAGGAAGUUGACUUACGUAAGCCAAUCAGCGUUGAGCUGACAAACAUUUAUUUGCUAUUGGUCAAUUCAAAAGGGAGGAAAUUUCAAACCUAACGCUACCCGAGCUACGGUCGCAGUUUCUGCUCUCCUUUAGAGGAAACAGCAUCGGCGAGAACCCCAGAACUGUUUUGAGAAAAUGGCCGACAACGACUCGGAUGUCGCAGCUGAACGUUAUGAUUUUGAUGCUCCGUCCCACGUCGUCGACUUUAAGCAGCUGGAGACAAACGAGGGAGAUGAUCAGUGGUUUGAUCAACAGGCCACAGAGGCGGAUGACCAACUUGUCACACCUUCCAGAUCUGAAUGGCCCUUUAAGAGAAAUGACGUACUUGACUUGCCCAAAGCCAUCGUGAACCCACAAGUUAAGACGAAUGUGGACGCUGCUCCUGACCCUCCCAAGUCUCCACCCUUGAACAUUGUUACAACAUGGGGGGAUGGAGUGGUGACUCAGGCCAAUCCUCAAACAAGGAGGAGAACACCAACCAAUCAGUCUCCUGCCCGACAACGCAGGGUUUUAAAACGCAAAGAGGAACCUAACAGCUCAGCUCCACCUCAAACUGCAGCGCCUCCUUCCAAGAAACACAAAACGAGUCCUGUGGCUCGACCAGCUCAAAGGUCAACUGGUGGCAUCCGCAGGAGUGGAAGGCUGAAUCCCACAGCAGCUGCAGCUACCAACAAAAUUCAGACUGAUAUAGCCAGCUCUGAGGAGCAGGAGCUGGAGCGCAUCAGGAACCUCCAGAGGGAAGUGGCUCUGCAUCGCAAGAAGAACGAGGCCAGUUACAAAGCUGCUCUGGUUGGAAACCCACUCCCAAAGAAGAUGGUCCUGUCCACCACUGUGCCCAAAGAGUUCCACUUCUUCACAGACACACGACUUAAGACGAACCCUUCAACCAACACGGCACACAAAGAGGUGGACUUCAUGAGUCAACUUCGUAAACCUUCAUCACCAGCCAGGGCUCCUAAAGGUGCCACAAUACCAAAACCCUUCAAUUUGUCAAAGGGCAACAAAAGAAAAAUGGAUGGAGUCGGUGCCUACGUGUCCAUGGCUCAGUGUAUAGACCAGUUCCAGAAAAGAACUCCUGAUCGCUACCACUUGCGCAGUCGCCAGAGUCAAGAGAGAGGACCCUCUCCAGUGAAAGGUGACCACCCUAAACUCACCGAGCCUCACACCCCUCACCUGAUGACCCGCCAGAGGAGUCGUCCUCCGACUGUUAAGAGCAGUGCUGACCUUGAAGCUGAGGAGGUGGAGAAGCUUCAGAAGUUUAAGUUCAAGGCCCAGGAGCUGAACAAGAAGAUCCUGGAGGGUGUGGAGGAGCUGAAGAAGCCUGUAGUGAAGGAACCCACAGUACCUGAAGGAUUUGAGCUGCAGAUUGAGAAAAGGCUCCAGGACAGACAGACUUCUAAAAGGCAUCAUGAGGAAGAAGAGAAGCCCCACAACUUUAAAUCUCAGCCUCUGCCCAAGAAGAUCCUGGAGGGAGUUGUGGGACUACCAGAAAAGAAAGUUCUUCAUCCAACUGUUCCAGAGUCUCCAGCUUUUGCUCUGAAGAAGAGGGUCCGCGUGGAUCGUAAAGUUGAAGCAGUAAAACCACCGUCCCCAGUGAAGGCUCCUCCAGUGCCUCACUUUGGCCUCCCCUUCCAGCCCAAGCUUCCAGAGAGUCACCAGGUGGAGGUCUGUCCUUUCUCCUUUGAGGAAAGAGAGCGAGGGAGGAGAGCACUGAAAGAGAAGAAGCUGGAGGAGUUGAGAAAUGAGGAGAUUCCUCAGUUUAAGGCCCAACCACUGCCUAACUUUGACAAUGUUCAGCUUCCUGAGAAGAAGAAGCUGGGGCCCACAAAACCUGAGCCCUUCAGGCUGCUGCUGGAUGAACGCGGGGCUGUGAGAAACAGUCGCUGGGAACAGAUGCUGAAAGAAGAGCAGAAGCAUCAGGAGGAAGUGGCGACAUUCAAAGCCAGACCGAACACAGUCACUCACAAAGAGCCUUUCCAGCCCAAGAAGGGGGAGAGGUCUUCACUAGCAGUCUCUAACUCUUCCACAGCUGUGGAGGCCUUCGAGCUGUCAACGGAGCGACGUGCCCGGGAGCGGCAGGAGUAUGAGAAGCUGGCCAGUGAGAAGGAGGCCCUGAGGGCACUCAUGGAAGAAGAGAAAAAACGAGAGGAUGAGCGGCAGGAAAAAGAAGACAUCAGCAGGAUGAGGCAGGAACAGGUUCACAAGGCUCAGCCCAUCAGACACUACAAACCUGUAGCAGUGAAGAAGAGUGAACUUCCCCUCACAGUCCCACACUCUCCAAACUUCACUAGACGAUUCCGCUAGUCACAACAAAGCUGUGUUUAUUUUAUUUCCUCUUUUUUUUUUUUUUUUUUACUUGCCAGGAAGCUGACGUGAUAAGGAUUUGUAAAUAGAUGUUUAUAUGUGAUACUGCAGCUUCUUUUUGUCUUGGGUUUAGUGUUUGUAACCAUAUCUUUAAUCUUUUUACUUCUAACUUUUAUCUCUUAAAUAAAGAUUUUCUCAAAAAAAAAAA